UGAAUAUUUUGGCAGUUUCAUCUUCCAGGUACCUCACUCAAUAGCCGCCAAGCCAUGACGACAAUGACGAACAUGAAUUGAUUGAAUUCAACCACGUCAAGACCACAUCCCGAAAUUGUCUCCUGGAAUAUCGCUGCAGACCUUUGGGCUCGCAAACAUGGCUACGGAUCUCGAAGUCCCCACCGAGGCGCCACCACUGCAUGCCUCGCCCUCUGUUAGCGACAGCAGCGAUGACGAUGACGACAGCAGAGGUGGCGCGUCGGCCGCCGACUCGCAAGUGGAAUGGCUAGCUACAGGCCGCGCGCGCAGGUCCACGGCCGGCAAUCGCAUGAAGAGCAUGAUUGCGCAGGAGGCGGCCGCAGCCGGGGUGGGCGGCGACGAGGGCGACUCAGACCUGGAGCUCCUGUUUGCCGAAGCGGAUGACGACGAGGGCUUCAGCGACAACGCUGACCGAGACGACGGCUCCGACGCGCAGAUGGACUCGAGCUCGGACGACGACGACGACGCCAAGGAGGGCGACGACGAGCUCGAGGGCGAGAAGGAGCUGGAGAAGAUCGCAAAGGAGAAGCGCGCGGCUGCAAAGAAGCGAAAGGCACAACAGGUGAUACCGGCAAAGUUCCGCAAGCGCGUGCGCAUAGAAAGCACCCCGUCGACGCGGGCCGGGUCUGAGCCUGCGGCGCAGUCGUCAUCGCAUCAUCUGCCUAGACGGCAGGUUGUACCUGCGCCUCCUCCCCGGCCGAAGAAGAAGAGUGAGCGGACGAGCUGGCUUCCAAGUGCGGCGGAUAUGCCCACAAGAGCAUCGGAGCGGUCAACGACACGGAUGAGCAAGGAGCAGCUGCACCAGCAAAUGGUGGAGCGAGAAGUCAGGCGGAAGAAACAACUAGAGCAGCAAGAGAAAAAGGCGAAGCGACUCGAAGCACUGAAGAAGCCCCCCAUGACGCAGGCCGAUAGGCUGCGCGAGGCGGAGCUAGUGGAGAAACGCAACUCGAAGAGUCUAAAUAGAUGGGAAGAGGCCGAGAAGCAGAGAGAGGAGGAACGGGAGCGCAAGCUGGCUGCGCUAUACAACCGAACCUUGGAGGGCCCUGUUGUUACAUUCUGGACCGGCAUCAUGGAACUUAGCGAAGGACAGAUGAAGAACGUGGGCAGGAUGGUUGCGAUGGAGGAGAAGGCACCACGGAGGAAGAAGCAGCCUCCUCCCGCAGCCCCGGCUGCAAGUAUCUCCACAUCCACGGAGAAAGACCCGGGUACUGCUCCCAAUACUGUAGUGCCCGGAGCUGCCACGACUGAGGUUGACGCCGACCAGCAGAUGAAGAAUGCACCCCCGGUGGCGGCUGAACAGUCCGAAUCCACCGAAAAGCCGAUCGCGACACCGGCGUUGGCAGCUCCUGUUUUCCACCAGGCUGUUUUCCAACCGAUUGACCUUCCAGCAGAAAAUGUACCUGUAGAAGCUACAGCAACACCCCUUCCAAGUAGCGUGCUCGCCCCUCCUGUGAGCAUGAUGACACCGCCCCCAAUUGGUGCUGUUCAAGGUCCCAUGCAGAUGCCGGGCCUCUCGAUUAAUCCAGGGGUCGUGUCUAACGUCCUUGCUCCUCCAAAUCCCUCGCAAGGAGAGCUAUCUCUGGUGCCUCCUACUUUGACUACCACAGCUACGGAACCCGUGCCUAAGGAGACAGAAACCGCACCUAUACAGUCACAACCCACGCUGCCGCCACCACAAUUGCCCCCAAAAUCUCACUCGGAGGCCCCAAAGACGGCAUCCACCCAAGAGCCAGAAAAGGAUCCGUCACCGCCAGAGGAUAAAGAUCCAACUGCGGCCAAGACGGAGUCGGAGUCAAGUGUCAAUGGAAGGGUCACCAGGAGCUGCAUUGUACUGCAGAACUUUGACGAAGAAGCGAUCAAGGACAAGACGGUGCAAACUCAAAUACUGUUCGGGCGGAAGUUUACCAAGCUUGCCAAGCCUGGACAUGCUCCUCACUGCGUUAUUACGAACCAUGUGGCAAAGUACAGGGAUCCUAAGACGGGCCUGCCAUUUGCCAACAUGAACGCCUACAAGGAGAUCCGUCGGUUGACCGAGGGCGACUACAAGUGGAGUAGCAUUCUGGGGACAUGGGCCGGUACUGGGGAACUCGCUGCGAAAGGCGUGCCGAACCGCUUUCUUCACGGCGGGCCGAAAGAAGAGAGCCCACCGCCCGCCAUCGCUGAAGUUCAAACCGACAGAAACUUGCCAGCCGUGCCACCCCAUCCUGCAGAAUCAAAGGUUUUGCCAACAACCCCUGCACAAGCAUCUAAGCAAGCCCCAAAUAUACCACGGGCGAUACCUGCGCAGGCCCCUGUGCCCUCUGUCAACCCUUCUUCUUCAAGUGGUCCUAUAGCUACCGCAAGCACUGGUACUUCUCACAUAGGUGUCAGCACCCAAACUGUACCUCCUCUGCGGCCCGUCUCGUCAACCCUAACGACGAAAGUCGAUACAUCGACUGUAAAGGCUUCGCCAAAAAUCAAUCCUCGACUUGGACCGCCUACCAGUGUGCCUGUGCCCACGUCAGCACCAGAAACUCAGUUUACACCAACACCAAAUGCGACCGCAUUACCAAAGUCUCAACUUCCAUCAACACCAAACGUGACCGCAGCAACACCCUCUAUGCCUGCAAAUACAGUCCCGAAGCUACCUGAGCCAAGCCCAGCACCAAUUUCCCCUGCUCCCACUCCAGCGCCCGGCUCAGAUGUAGUGCCUUUUGGUCAAUCUUGAUGAUAGCAGGCGUGCUCGAACAUGGGCGAACCGUCUACUACUUUUAGGUCCCGAGCAUCAGGGCUAGUCUCAGGGUAUUCAUCAUCUUCUCCCAAGGGGGAACAUUUAUUUAGACUACGAACACAUCAGCGAAUACCCUGUCCUGUUUAACAAUCACUGAACGGGCUACCCUCUGCAAUUUUUUGAACUGAUCAGGUUGGUGUCAGCACCUACAGUAUACAGGGAAGGUCCUGCUGGCCUUUGUGAAAAAAAAAGAUAAAGCGUGUUCAAUGCGGUGCGUCGUUUUUCAUGUCCAUCACAUGCAACUCAACUAGGGGAAGUUUAGAAUUGUGUUCCCUAUCCGCCAUGACCGUCCUGUCUUUGAGGCGCCAAUCAACUGUCUGCCCGGGACCAUCUUGUCCUUGGCACGCCAGCUGCUGCUGCGAUGUCACCUCGCAGUUGUAGUAACCGCCCUUGACUCCAUCGUCGAUAAAGUGCGCCCUGUUGAACCCGAGCCUGUCCGUCACGGUGACAUUCUGGAAGAACGCGUAGAGCCUGUUCCUACCGUCCUCCGACAUGAGAUACAGCCUCUUGGUCCCGCGCUCCAGGUAAAAGGUGUCACUGGCGGCGUUGCACCCUGAUCCCGGUCCCAUAGUGCGCGUUGCGCCUCCGUCGGCGGUGGUGGCGCCCGUCUCGUCCGCCUUCAGGGGCAAGACUGCGGCGGGAUGCUUGCCUGCGAGGGCAGGAGAGAUCAUCUCCAAAUGAAAGGACACGUCCGGGAUCCUCGGGGGCAGUGGCAUGUUGCGAGCUUCGCCAGCGCCGAUGCCAAUGUGUGUCAGGUCUUGGACAAAGCGGCGUUCUGUGCUGGCCGAGUCAAAAGCUCCGUGGGGGGCGGCAGCGACUAAGCAAAUGGGUAGACCGAUAUACAGGAGGGUGGGUAACAUGUUGGGCAUUUGCGAGGACUGAGGAUUUUAGUUUACAGAGGAAGUUGCAGAGUUUGUUGACGUAGCCUAUAGCUAUAACUGUUGGCUUGGUCUCUGUAAUUCCUAAUACAAAGAUGGACUGGGUACAAGGCACAUAUAUAUGCUGCGAGCGCAGGGUCAACUAUUCAGAGCUUCGAACCUAAUAUCAUGCACGUAGUGGGGGGAAAACAUAUUCAGCCACUCUCAAUCGAGGUCCGGG